CAUGCACUGUUGACAUUAUGCUCUUGUUUUCUUUGCUAACCUCAUGAAAAACAAUCUUAUUUAGAUUGUAUUUCUGUCUUCUACAUAUGACUUUUUGGUUUACUUGAAGCUUUUUAAAGUAAAUUGAUCUGAAAUGAGCUUAAAUAAUGGCACAGAUCAGUGCAGAAUGAAAGCAGGCCAAAAACCACGGAUUGAUCUCUCCUCUGAAAGAUUCAAAUGGAGUUAUGAAGAUCCGAUGUUUGAUUAUCUGCAGGAGCAACAGAAAAAGGACAAAUCGGAAAGAAUAGCUGAAUUGAAGGCUAUACUUGCAUCUUCAAGCACGUCAUCAUCAGACAGCGACAGUGAAAGCAAGAAAAAGCGGAAAAAGAAGCAUAAAAAGCACAAGCAUAAGAAAAAGCAUAAAGGCAAAGAUGAUGACUUGGACAAGGAUGGUUCCAGCACUCACGACUCGGAAAGGGAUAGACAGAGGUCUAAACAUAGAAAAUCCAAGAAGAGAAAAUCUAGGAGUAGGAAUAGAAGUGAUAGUAGUGAAAGUUCCAGUGAUGACAGAAGGACAAAAAGAAAACACAAGUCAAAACAUAAACAUAAAAGGAAAGACUGAUAAUGUACAUUUCAAUCAUCAUAAUGCUUUUUCAUACAUUUUAGUUGAUUUUAUUGCACACUUUUUUGUGCAGCUUGAAGCUCUUGUGUUAUCUUCUUUGUCUAUUUAUAACUUUGGUUAUGGUGUGUUAAAAACAUUGUCUGCAACCACGUACUUAAUUCUGUUAUACUUCAUAAGCACCGUGGGACAAUUGACUGACAAAAUUUUUGUUUUGAUAAUUGUACAAGAGGCAGGGGAGACAAUUCUUCUUCCACUGGAUUCGCAUGUUACAAUUAAAUAUUCUUAAAUAAACCUGUAGCACCAGCA